AGUCGCGAACCGAUUCGCGCAUGUCUUUGCGUCUUUAGUUGUUUUUUUGCUUUACUUUUGUACUCGUCGCGUGCGGGAGUGUGGUGCGGUGCGACGACUUUGGACUUCUUCCUUUGGUAUAUGGGUUCUUGCGAAGUGUCUUCGCUUGCUUUUAUUUAAAAUGCGUGCACACUAAAGUGCGCAAUUUGCUGCGCCGUCGUCAUCCCAACACGCCGAACGGUCCGGCGGUACCCCCUUUGCCUUCCGAGUGCUCAUUUUUGAUCGCCGAGGGGAGAAAUGGAAGAUACGGGUCCGUCGACCGACGCACCUGGCAAGGAAGUUGUGAACAGCCCUCCCUCGACGUCUGAUGGGUCGGAAGUGUGCACUGCUGAGGACAAAAGUGUGGACAAAACGCCGGAUUUUCAAUUACCUAGGGAGAACCUUAUAGCCACUGCUGUCAACUUCCUUGAAAACCCUCGCGUUCAAGGCAGUCCGCUUUCUCAAAAACGAGCGUUCUUGCUCAAGAAAGGCUUGACACCUGAGGAAAUCGAUGUGGCCAUCGAAAGGGCAAGGAUUGGGAAUCCAAACACUGUAGCCCAGCAUGAACUCGUCCAAUACCCAACGUCACCGCCCCAGUUGCCCCCUCCUCUGCCACCACGUUUGAUACAACCAGAAUACUCAAUCUGGUCCCAACUGAGCCACUUCUCUUCAUCGAUGGUGAUAGUUGGGGUUGCCUGCUAUGGCGCUUACUACAUGUACAAGAGGUAUAUGGAGCCCUACCUGAGAGGCUGGGAUGGUCCAAAGUCCAAACCAGACCGGCUGUCCCAAGUGCAGGAACAAAUCAGUGCCCUCACCGAAGCCAUCCAGCAACUUAGGGAGGCGGUUGCAUCUCUUGAGUUGGCUGUUGCUCAAGACAGGAAGCUCCAAAAGCCAGCUGAGGCCCUGGACUCUGCGAAACAGGACCGCACCAUCUCUGAGCUCAAAUCCGAGGUCUUGUCGGUCAAGGCUUUGCUGCUGAGCAGGAAUCAGUUUCCAAGCGCGCCGAAAUUGACUCCGCCUGUGCCUAGCAUUCCCACAUGGCAACUCUCAAGCAAUGGCGAUGACGAGAAAGAAAACGGCGCUGCUUCUGAGUCAAGCGAAUCGGAAGAGAGCGAAGAGCAGAAUUCAAAAAGCACAAAGGAACCCGUGGAAUCAAGGAAGGAGGAGGUGUUGCAUAAUAGGCCAACUGGCUUGGCUUGAUGAUCUUGUUUUUACAUUAUAAAAUGAAACCA